UUCUCUUUCUGUAGGUGAAUUCUCUCUCUCUCUCUCUCUCUCUCUACAAUUCACAAUUCACAAUUCACAAAGACACAAACCCUAGUCUCAAUAGGGAAUAGCGUAUUUCCAGAUCGAAAGUAGCGAUCAGUCUUUCCAGAUCUUACACCCCGUGUUGCCUAUCAGGAAUUAUGUCUUUUGUGCGGCCUCAGCAGCCACGAGGUGGCAAAUUUCACAGAGAUAAUAGAUCGUCUUGUGCUAGAAAUAGCAAUAUGGCUGUGAGAGCCACUGGUGCAGCUCCUAAUUACUACGGGAACUUUGGCACACAUGACUUCAACAACUACAAUGACUUCACUCAUACGUAUAGGUUGGAUGGACUCAUGUAUGACUGCCGUGGGCCUGAUUUUGGACCAUCUCCCAAAAGGAGAAAGACUUCAACUUUCUCUGCUGAAAGCACUGGGUUCAUUAAUCAGCAGCAACAGACAUACCAAUAUGAUCUUGCAAAUCAUGCUGACUCAUUCAAACCUUCCAGAUACUAUAAUGCUUGUGCCGAUGCCCAAUUAGUCUGCAAAAGUUCUUCUGCUGUUGCUGAAACCAGGUCUGGUGGUGCCAAUCUGAAUGCUUCUUCUACAUCAAAGUGUGACCGGUUAAAGUUUGAGGAUGAGGAAGUGGUUUUCAUGUCUAGGGAUGAUAUAGAGAAAUCCUCUCCUUCCAGAAAAGAUGGCAUUGAUCAGCUGCAUGAAACAUAUCUGCGAUACUCAUAUUGUUCCUUCCUUCAAAAUGUUGGGGCUAGGCUUCAUUUACCUCAAACAACCAUUGGGACUGCCAUGGUGCUCUGCCAUCGUUUCUUUGUGCGCCGAUCUCAUGCCUCUCACGACAGAUUUCUGAUAGCUACUGCAGUUCUUUUCCUGGCUUCCAAGUCUGAGGAGACACCAUGUGCUCUGAAUGAUGUCCUAAAAGCAUCAUGCGAAGUUCUCCACAAACAGGAUUUCUCACUUCUUUUAUAUAUGUUACCCAUUGAUUGGUUUGAAAAAUAUCGUGAGCGGAUGACUGAUGCUGAGCAAUUGGUCUUAACAACUUUAAAUUUCGAGCUUAAUGUGCAGCAUCCAUUUGAAUCUCUGACUUCUACGCUUCAAAAACUAGGCUUUGCACAGUCUGUCUUGGUGAAUAUGGCGCUAGACUUUGUCAGAGAAGGACCCUUUUGAUAUCGAGACUGAAUAUAAAUGGAGUGAAAAAGUGACCGGUACCUGAACUAUAAUUGACACUCUGAUUGGUGGCUACUCUAUUAUUUGGAUAACCAAUGAGGCCAAUGUUAUCAUUCGGGAGGAGGAUAUACACGAUUUACUUUUACCUUUUGGUCCUCAGAUUGAAUCUUUCUUUUGUGAGUGACAGUCAUCUCUAUAUUUACUUUGAUUCAAUCUAGAAUUCGAUAUUGAUAUUUCUGGAAUGCUAUAUAAUUGCAGGGUUUAUAGAAGAUUAGCAUGCACCCAUUAUGAUAUUAAUAGCCGGAGGUUGAUCUGCUGAUCAUCGAAUGUGUUUUUCAUCUGAAGUUGAACUUGCUAUGUCUUAUGGAUUCCUUUCCAAUUCCAACAUCUUAUUAGCAUGGGCAUUUGCUGUAGAAGAUAGUUUGUGGAUUAAUUAUUUUAUUCUCCAUUUAGACAUUACUAUGUCUUACUCAGUUUCAACAUAGGUUGCUUAUAAUAAAUCUGAAGAAUACCUCUGAGUUUUGUUUGGGCAUGAUUGGAACUAGUGGCUCAUCUGCCAUAUGUGGUGACCAAUUCCUUUUAAACACUUUGAAUCCUGAAACCGUUUGCGAUCAGGUGACUGAAUCCUUUACAUUUCAGAUUUCACCCAUCCAUAUAUUACCCACCAAAAUACUCCGUGUUUUUUUACCUCUCAUCUGUUUUCUUUUGCUUCCCAUUUCCUUUUUCAUCUAUUCUUUGGUGAGCACAUCUUCCAGCUUCAAUAAAUUUUGAAGGUCUUCGUAUACUACUGAGCUUUGAUAUGUAAGAGUUUUGUAUGUCAUGUUCUGAGAAACUUUUAUUCAAGGGCUCAAACCUCAGUCCUUUGUCCAGCCAAAUAAGAACAGAAAAGGUAGGGAUACUUGCCAGUUACCACAGUAGUGGAAGCAUGCCCAGGAGAGAUGGGGAAGUCCCUACUUUAAUUUUAGUAUUAUUGACCUGUUUGAGUAUCCAUUCACAAUGAUCAUCAUUGUUCAACUUCUAUAUUUUCUGCUCAAAUUUGGGUUGGGAUGUUGGUGGGGUGUAACAGUUGUCAUGUGUUCCAUUGAGUUCGAAAAAGAAUAUUGGGGCUUCAUCUAGUGGGUGUCAUGUCACCACACACCAUACAUGGUGCAUGCGAAGUGUUGUCGCAGAAAGAGUGUAAUUAAUAAAGUUAUGUGGAUAUUAUGUCUGAAUUUGUAACUUAGCCAAGAAUUUAAUGUCUGAUCCAGCACCCCUAAUGCUUGAAGAUAGUCUAAAUUUUCUGAAGACUCGACAAAAGCAAAGUAUACUCUUAAUUGGUCGUGGAGUGAUAAUCUGCUAAAACUAAUUUAUGAAGUCACAGUGAGUCUAUGAACAUCGUAGCAUUUCAUGCUGCUAGCCUUA